AUGAAGCUGAGGUCAUUCAAAGAUCUCAAGACUAUCGCAGAGAUUCGCACCAAGGAUCUUGUGCUUCCCCUACAAAUGGAUCAAGCUUUGUUUGCGCGAAUGGCUCAGCCUGGGCAGUUCCGGAAAAUCGACAUGAAAACAGUGUUAACGUUUCCUUUUGGAACUCUUCCCUGGUCCCUUGCAGAUCCCUAUGAACAAUCUAUUAAGAAUGUGGAGAGGUCAAAAAGGGCUUCAGGAUCUGACGGAAUCAAGUACAAGAACAUUCUGCCUGGUUAUAAGGUUAUAAGUCAUGGUUAUAAGUCAUGGAGCAAACUGUUGAGUAUUGCCUCAAACAAGGUUGAGAUUGUGAAGUUGCUUGUGUCUCAGUGGAAGAAGAAAGAGUUCAGGAGCAAGCUUGGUGACAGAAAAUUGUAUGUUACUAUUCAGGAUGAAUACUGGAAGUUAGACUCCAUCACGUCUGAGCCGGUUCCUGAAUUCAAGUGCAGUCACGAAGAAGCUGAUGAUACAGAUAUCCAAAUCCUACUUCUCAGCCAUAAUCAAGCCCUUGGAAAGUGUUACAUAAAGAAAGAGUAUCACUGUGGUGGAUUAGAAGGCUGGAGUGCACUGUAUGCAUUUAAAGCCCUCAAGUCUGGUGUGGACUGGAGUCCUCGGAUGGCUGUCUUUGGAGAUCUUGGAAGUGUUAAUGCAAGAUCUUUAAGCUAUCUGCAGGAAGAAACUCAAGAAGGAAAAUAUGAUGCUUUCCUUCAUGUUGGUGACUUUGCUUAUGAUAUGGACUCUGAUAAUGCUCUGGUUGGAGAUGACUUCAUGAAUCAAAUUCAGUCAAUUGCCGCCUACAUACCGUACAUGACAUGUCCAGGAAAUCACGAACAGGCCUACAACUUCUCUAACUACAGAAACAGGUUUUCAAUGCCAGGAAAUACAGAGGGUAUCUUCUACAGUUGGAACAUUGGUCCUGCACACAUUAUCAGCCUUUCAACAGAGGUCUACCAUUUCUACCAGUAUGGCCUUGAACAGAUUGUUCAGCAGUACGAGUGGCUGGAAAAAGACCUUCAGGAAGCAACAUCUCCUGAAAACCGUGCAUUACGUCCCUGGAUCAUCACGAUGGGUCACAGACCAAUGUACUGCAGUAACUCUGAUGGCGAUGAUUGUAGCAGCCAUUCCAGUAUUGUUCGCACUGGAAUCACUUCCAAGCAUUUGUUUGCUUUGGAAGAGCUACUUUACAAAUACGGUGAGUAAGAAGUAACAGGGUUUCAGAUUCACAAUAUCUGCCAUUAUUCAUAUGGGUCCACCUGCAUAGAAAUAUGUGUUAAACACAUGAGAUCUGUGGUGGCAAAUUACUUAAAAUCGGGACGUUUGAAGCACACAAUAACGUACACUGUACUUAAAAUCAAUUUUAACCCUUUUUUACUUAGUUGAGAUACAAAGUACAUUACUUGUAGAAAAUAGAUCGGAUGCUAAAAUUUCGGAAGCUUAAUUUUUGGACACAUUUUUAUCUCAUUUCCAACAAAGUUUGGACACUUUGCUGAAACAUACAAUCAUGUAGCUAUUAAAGUAAAUUUACGCCCUCGUAUCACGAACUGAAACAACAGGUGUGAAAAAGAUAGUUUUACUAGUUCUUACUAGAUAGCUUUAAGUUUUGAACUGUAUUGUAAAUAUUUCGGACUCUUAAAAUUUCGGACGCUUAAAAAUUUCGAACGGUUAUAUUUUCGGACAAUAUUUUUGCCAGUAAUUAAAAUCAUCCGAAAUUCUGUGCCAGUAAUAUAAUUUUUGUGAACUAGUUCUGCGUAUGA